GGUUUCACCCGCUGCAUAAAUCAACUAACGUCUCCUAGCAAUUCUCUGCCUAAUACACGUUAUCUUAGACCUAGUCGUACAUAUAUGUGCCAUACUAGGCCUAGGGCCUCCAUUUGGUUUUAAUUUUUUUUCUUUCCUCUGCUAGCUUCUGUGUCAGUGGGACUCGUCAAUGAGGACGGGCAGGAUGCAGUGGGGUGUGUUAGCGGCGCUCCUGCUGGCGACGACGGGGCCUUCUGCAGGCUACCGGGUCCUCGUCCUUAUUCCUCUUGGCUCUCGCAGCCUCUACCACCUGAGUCGGUCGCUCUCGGAGGCCCUGGGAGACGCAGGCCACUCCGUCACUCUGGUAUCUUCAUUCGAAGCUUCUACGCAUCAUGGCAACGUGACGGAGGUCCACACCGGCUCCGACAACCUUGUCAUGACUGACACCAACAUUUUUGACAUUGGAGACAAAAUUCACCUGACCAGUAACUUUAUAGAAGAAGCCACAGUGGAAAUUGUCGAAGGGAUGUGGACUAACCCAGCAGUACAUCAGCUCUGGGAGAGAAGAAAUGAUUUCCACGCCAUAAUAAUUACCAGUUAUAUAAACGAGGUCGCAGUUCCCUUCUUGCUGGGUUACAAUGGCGUAUACAUCACCUUCGUCACGCCAGGAAUAGUGUUUACACAAAUUGCGCAACAGGGUAACAUCUUGUCUGCGGCCGUCGUGCCUUCAUUGAUGUUACCUUUCACCCAGCACAUGACCUUCCUUCAGCGAGCCAUAAACCCAAUAGUUAUCGUUUAUCGGUAUGUGCUGCACUCAGUCACGGUGCUUCCCCGCGCCCAGAAGCUGCUGGAGGAGUACUUCCCGGGGAUGCCGCCCCUAAGACACCUCUACUCGAAUAGUUCGCUGACUCUCAUCAACAGCCACUUCGCUGUGGACGGCCCCGUGCCUCUCCUGCCCACUCAGGUGGAGGUGGGCACCAUCUCCGCCAAGAAACCUCGUCCACUCCCACAGGAUCUGGAGGAGUUCAUGGAGGGCGCCGGCGAGAACGGAGUCAUCCUCUUCAGCCUCGGCAGUAUUGUCAAGAGUUUCCACAUCCCACAGGAAUACAAGGUGAUGCUGGUGGAGGCGUUCCGGCAGCUGCCUCAGCGGGUCGUCUGGAAGUACGAGGGAGACGACCUCCACCUUCCCCCAAAUGUCCUCACCAGGAAGUGGAUCCCCCAGCAAGACAUCCUAGGACACAGGAGGACGCGGGUGUUCGUCUCCCACUGUGGGAACCAGGGCACGCAGGAGGCCCUGUACCACGGCGUGCCCGUCCUCGCCAUGCCCAUAGCAUUCGACCAGCCUCGCAACGCUGCCCGCUUGGCCAACAAAGGCUACGCUCUGGUCCUCAAUUGGCAGGACUUGAGCGUUGAUGCCUUUCUGCAAGCUAUCAACACACUCAUCAACGACCCCUCGUACCAGGAGGGACUAAGGAAGGUGUCGGUGACGCUACAGGACCAGAAGGAGAGCGCCGGGGCGCGGGCUGUGUGGUGGGUGGAGUACGCCAUCCGCCACAAGGGGUCGCCCCACCUCCUCUACGCUGGCAAGAACCUCCACCUGUUCCAGUACCUGUUGCUUGACGUCCUGCUCUUCUGGCUAUUGGUCCUGGCCGUGUUGGUCUUCCUCUUCUGCUACUGCCUCACCAGGUGCCUCAACUGCUGCCGCAGAGGCAAGGCCAAGGUCGAGUGACACGACCAGUUGUCGAAUGGAAAUGUGGUUCCCAGAACCGACGAGGACAGAAACAUAUACGAAUGGUUUGAGGAAGAGAUGGGCACAAGAUACUAAUAAUUUGAAGAGUGGACGGAAAAAAAGUACCAAUGGUCUUCAGAGGAGACAGUCGAAACGUACCAAUGGUCUGAAGAAGAGACAGACGAAACGUACCAAUGGUCUUCAGAGGAGACAGACGAAACGUACCAAUGGUCUUCAGAGGAGACAGACGAAACGUACCAAUGGUCUGAAGAAGAGAUGGACAGAAGAUGUAAAUGGUCUGAAAAAAUGGAGAAUUAAAAAUAAUUGACAAAGGCAAACAUAGAUAAUGCAGAUACAAAAUAAACAGAUAAGUAAAAUAUAGUACUUGAUCCGUAGCAUUCGAAUGACUCUUCACACAUAUGUAAAUAUCCAAUUUAUUUGCAUGAAACUUCAUUAAUAAGUUCGUACUAAACAUAUAAUUACACUCUCAUUGAAAUCACUAUUUCUGUACACAACAAGCCACCAUCAGAGAGAUCCUGAAUCAACAACACUGAAGUAUUCGACAGACAUUACGAUAAUUGGGUACAGGACAUUGCAGAAGCACUUAACAUUAAAAUAACCUCAUCCAAUUACUAGCUAACUAACAGCCAGUUCGGCAACUGCCAGUUGGCACACAACCCACAGACGUAGUUGCCGUGACAGGUUCGCCUUCCGAUGACUGCGAGAAUGGUAAUGUCGGGAGACGCGUCACAAUAGCACUUCAGUGUAUCGGUUGGCCAGGCUUGGAAGCAGUAGUUGGUGUUGUUUUCAGGUGAUACCAGGCUGACGACCGGACAAGGUGCGUCUUAGAGUUAGCCUUGAAGCACGUGGCGGCGGCGGCGCCGGCGACGAGGGCUGGCUGUUGUGUUUACAGCUUCAGCUGGUCGUUCCUGUUAUUUGUAAUUAGGGCUUCAGUUUCCAUGUCUGACUGUCCCGGGGGUUUGAGUUUUAUGAGUACGUCAAAUGUGUGUGGCCUAAUUUUUGGUCGA